AUGAGUUUGCCGCAGCACCAGAACCGCGACGCCGCCAGACGCGCCCCGGACGACGACGACGACGCCGAGGAGGAGACCAUGGCCAACGACUACCGCGAGCAGGUCCAGUACGACGGCAUGGAUGACAUGGACCGCAUGCCCUCCAUCUCCAACAACCAGGACAUUCAUGCGCAGCUGCAGGCCGCGGCCACCCCCCUCGAAUUCCAGGCCACGCUCGAAACAAAGUUUGCCAGCUACGACAACUACUGCAACCUGUUCCACUACAUCCUGAACUCGGAGGGGCCCGUGGACCUCGAGGUGCCAAAUUACUAUUGGGCCUGGGACGUAAUCGACGAGUUCAUCUACCAGUUCAACAGCUUCUGCAGCUACCGCCAAAAGGUUGCCCUGAAGAACGAUAAUGAGGAGGAGAUUACGCUCCUGCGCGAGAACCCGAACACAUGGGGCUGCUACAGCGUGCUCAACGUCCUGUACUCGCUCAUCCAGCGGUCACAGAUCAGCGAGCAGCUGGCCGCCAUGAAGCGCGGAGAAGAUGCUGCCCUCUACGCCGGCGAGUACGGCAACCGCCCGCUGUACAAGAUGCUGGGCUACUUCUCCAUCAUCGGCCUGCUGCGCGUGCACUGCCUGCUCGGCGACUUCAGCCUCGCGCUCAAGACGCUCGACGACAUCGAGCUGAACAAGAAGGCCAUGUUCGCCCGCGUCAUGGCCGCGCACUUCACCACCUACUACUACGUGGGUUUCUCCUACAUGAUGAUGCGCCGCUACGCCGACGCCAUCCGCAUGUUCAGCCAUAUCCUCGUCUACGUUUCACGGACGAAGAACUUCCAGAAGAACGCGCAGUAUGACUCGAUCACUAAGAAGAACGACCAAAUGUAUGCGCUUGUCGCCAUCUGCGUGGCUUUCCACCCCACCAGGCUCGACGACACCAUCCACACCGCGCUGCGUGAGAAGUACGGUGAGCAGUUCAACAGGCUCCAGCGCGGUGGCCCAGAUGCUCUUCCCCUGUUUGAGGAGCUGUUCCGCACCGCUUGCCCCAAAUUCAUUAGCCCCACACCGCCCGACUUCGACAACCCAGAGGUCAACAUCGACCCGGUCGAGCAUCACCUUCGCAUCUUCAUGGACGAGGUCAAGAACAACAUGAUGUCGCCCACCGUCAAGAGCUACUUGAAGUUAUAUACGACGAUGGAUCUGAAGAAGCUGGCUGGUUUCCUCGAGGUUGAGCCCGAGAAGCUCAGGUGCUGGUUGCUCGUCAACAAGCAAAGGAACAGGCAGACAAGGUGGAGCGAGGGCGGCUUGUUGGAACGGCGAGGUGAUCCACAGCAGCGAUCUCGACUACGCCAUGGUAAGGAGAUCUCAUCCACGUGUCUGAGGCCAAGGUCGGCCGGAGAUUGGUCGACUGGUAUCUUCGUAAUUUGGCCAGGACAUACUAAAGCAAGGCGGAGGGCAUCUAGGGGUCGCCCCUUGUUCUAGAAUGCGGUCACAUCACAAUGGAGCAUCGCGGCUUGGAGUUUUAUAGGAAUCAUGGCAUUUCCCGGCGGAAUCACUUGGCACGUUUACAGAGGACAGCGCCUCGACCCGCCGAGCCAUGGAAGAAGCGCUAGGCUUGAGAUCAUGGCGCGAUUGUAUGGCGGUGUCGCGACGGGCCGCAGCCAGGAUGCAGCCUGGCGGGCUGAAACAAAAGACGGCAUGAACGAUCAGAUACCUUAGACAAGGACAAAGUUUGAACAUCACACAAUUUACUUCA